UGCAGUGCCACCAUGCCCGGCAGCCAGACCCGGAACCGGCCCAGGGACCGGAAUAACAUCCUGAACCGUCCGGAGUUCAUGUCCCUGAACCAGCCGAUCCGCAGAGAAACCUCCACUGGGGAGGGGCGGUCCGGAGCGUCCAGGAGAACCGCCAGCAGACGACCGAGUCAGCAGGACGACGCCACAGCGAGGGGGUCCAGGGACUCCUCUGAAGGGGCCCCAUCAGGAGACGGGGUUCCGAAGGACGGGUCCCGCUGGCCCGAGCAGGAUUGCAUGCAGCUGAACCCGUCCUUCCGCGGCAUCGCCGUCAACUCGCUGCUCGCCAUCGACAUCAGCCUGUCCAGGCGUCUGGGUGUGUGUGCGGGGGCCCAUGGGCCUGGGGCCCCGCUGCGCCCCAUGGUGGCCCUGCUGGCCUUCUCUGGACACGCGCUUCCCUGGCUCUGCGGGACGAUGCUCUGCUUGUGGCGCAGCAACACGCUGGCGGGACAGGAAGUCCUGGUCAACCUGCUGCUUGCCCUGCUCUUGGACCUGAUGACCGUGGCGGGCGUCCAGAAGCUGGUGCAGCGCCGCGGGCCGUGGGACGCCCCCCCAGGGUUCCUGGACCGCGUCGCCCUGGACGCGUACUCGUUCCCCGCCGCCCACGCCAGCCGGGCCGUCAUGGUGUCCCGUUUCCUGCUGAACCACUUGGUGCUGGCGGUGCCCCUCCGGAUCCUGCUGUACCUGUGGGCCUUCCUGGUGGGCGUGUCCCGGGUCCUGCUGGGGAAGCAUCACCUGUCUGACGUCGGCUGCGGCUUCGCGCUCGGAUUCCUGCACUUCAGCCUGGUGGAGUCCGUCUGGCUCGACUCGGCCGCCUGCCAGGCGCUGCUGGCCAUCGGCUCUCUGCACUGGGCGCCACUGGUGUAGAGGGCGCCAGAUCAGAACCGGACCGGGCCCUGACUGGAGCCUGACUGGAACCGGAACUGCACUGAAAUCAGUCUGGUUCCAGUGCGGUUCUAGUCCGUCUCCGGUCAGCCUUUAUUGCUGCUUUGUGCCUUUGACUUAGAAAGGUUCUGGUCAGGAUUGGCUGGUCGGACUGGAGUAACUGGUAAAAACUGUUUACAGUCUGGAUCGGACUGGUUUUUAAUGGUUUUACUUUGUUUACUUACAGAAGAAAGUUUGGACUGGCUUCUGUAAGUCCAAACUGGCUUCUCAACCAGUUUGGUUCAGUCCAGGUUUAACCCUCUUCAACUGGGUUGGACUAGACUGAACCACUGGUUCAAGUGCUUUGGUACUGGUUAAACUGGGAUGGAUGAUCAAAGGUCAGUAACAGGAAGUGACUCUGGUUGGACUUCCUGUUUUUAACUUUACUAUUAUUUAAUAUUAAAAAAUUAAAUGUUCUCUA